CGUUCCAAAAACUUGAUUUGAAUGCCAAAUGACAGGAGUCCAAAACAUGUUGUAGUUGUUUUAGGAGCAGUGGAACGCAACGCAUAUUGUCAUUUGUGGAAUUCUGCUCCGCUCGUUGGGUUUUUCACUUUAAAUUGACGCGUCGGGUCGGGUCGGGUGAAACUUUGGGCGGAGUUUGCAGCGCAGAGUGGAAAAGCUCCUUCUUCCACGUUUCUUGCAUGCGGAAAAAGCCGACGGGGAACCCUUUCAACUUCCGCAAGCGCCCAUCAUCAACACCAGCUUUGUGAUGGCCGACCUGACGAUGCACAUGCAGGUGUUCCUGUCACUGAUUUCCGUGAUUCUGCCCCCUUGUUUCGCUGGAAAUACGGUUUACGGAAAACUUGGCGAUGAAGUUGUUCUGAGGCCUGAUGCGGGCCUUCCCACCGUCCCCAUCACAAGCAUCUUAUGGAAGCACGGCAAGAACAUCGCCAUCCAGUGGGAUCCCGACGGCGUGCAGGCGUAUCUUCAGUUCAUAAAUCGCACGACGCUGAACAACGUGAACGGGGAGCUGACCAUUACGGCCUUGACUGAAAAUGACAGUGGCAUUUACACAGCUGAGAUCAACUCUGCUCUCAAAACGCCAAUUGGUCUCGCCGUUAUUGUGUCUGUUCCUGAGCCCACUAUUUUAUCAUCUUGUGACGCUGAGAAGACACUUUGUACUUUGACAUGCGCCGGUGACACCACGGGGGCCGAACCUGUCAACUACACCUGGAUGAUUGCUCCUUCCUCCAAGACCUACACGUCAAGGGAGAUCAUCGUUAAAAAGGAUACUCCGAAUGAGGACGAGUUCAAGUGCCAACUGCAGAAUCCAGUCAGCAAGAAAUCCAGCCUGUCUACUCGUAGCCCGUUCCUUACUGCAGAGCACCAAGGGGGGCUGAAGGUCAACUCGGGCCUGACGGUCGCCAUCUGUCUCCUGACUGCAAUUGUGGUGCUGGUGCUUAUUCACAAAUGUAUAACAGGCAUGUGGUUCUUCCAAAAAGCAUCCAUGCCAUGGCAAGCAGAUUUCUGGAGGAAGGAGGAGAGGACAGGUCGAGAGGCUAACGAAUCAAACGGCACUUCGACCCAUGAGAAAGAAGAGGCAACACCAAUGACUGCCCAAGACCGUGUGUGAAUUCAAACCGAGGCACAAAAGGGAAACGGGGCGUCGAACAGGACUGAAAAGUGAACCCGAGACAAUACCAGGAAAUCCCCCAGCGCGUGCUAUAUUGUCCACCGACAUGCCGACACGGGUCGCCAGCAGGGCCGUGUGGGCGGGUCGUCUGAGGAUGCACUGUGGCUUGCGGUGCCAUUUUGGCCAAGUGUUGCACUGAUGAGAGACAAUUGUCAAUCAACAAGAACAUCAUCUGACGUCUUUUAACACUAAUAUAUUUAAAGGAGCUAUAUCAUGCUAAAUGGAAUUUUUUGGCGCUUUUGGUCAAAAAAGCACCAGCCCGAUCGGGUUCCUCAUAAUGUGAGAAGGCAGGCCUUUUUCGCUGCUGCAUUGGAGGUAGGUCGCUAAUCGGGAUGAUCCCAGUUCUGACCUCAAAGCGGCCGAGGAGAAUGUCAACAACUAAGAUGGGUGAUUCCGAUAGAUUUUGUUAUUCUCAUAAACCUUCUUCACAACUUCCUCAAUUUAUAUAAACAAAUGUCGUAUCUUCAAAGGAUCUCACCAAAUAACUUCAUGCAGGUGGAUAACGGCAUAGCAAGCUAUGCAGUCAAUUCGUGUAAUAAAUUAGGCGAAGUAUAUGUUUAGCAUUUCCUAAGUUAAAUUUUGCCAUUCACAAGCUGCGUCUCUGCAUGGUUGCUAUUGUCGAAUGAUGUCAAGUUGUAGUCCAUUUGUAGUACAUGUAGUCCCCCCCCCCCCCCCAUCCCCCAUUUCGCAACUCUGACCUAGUUCAAGGGGUCGUAAAAGUGCGCUUUUCUGCCUUGGAAGUUGAAAAAGUUCCACUUUCCCCAAAUGCAGCAUUAGAUUGUGCCAAUUAUCAUAUACUGUGGAAAGCUUAAAAUAGCACGAUAUAGCUCCUUGGUUGUUGUUUUUAACAUUUUCCUUUUAUUGUCACUAUUACAGAUUUUAUUGUAUGCUUUUAAAGUAACGCCACAGCAGUUUUUAUAAAUAGCCUUCCACAUUUCAA